AUGACCGAGGAGACCGUCCCGCUCGCAAGCAACUGCGUCCAACAUGACAACAACAUACCAUCGACCAUGAGCUCCCACCGCGCACUUCUUACUCUCGCCACUUUCCUUGCACUUCCGCUUGGCUUCGUAUACGUUAUAAGACGCGGUGUGCAGAACUGCUCGGUGGAAGAAGAGGGCUCAUUUCAGCAUGUCAAAGAAUUUGUGGUCAACUGGGACAUGCAACAUGAAGAUGCGGAGUUCGCCAGUAAUGGGGUCGUGCCGCUGUUGCAGAAGGAGUGGAUAUCGGAUAUUGGAUCGUUCAAGUGCCGGUGA